UGUGACUCAUUCUUCCAAUAUGAUUACAUAUGGAAUGGAAGUCUCACCGCCCUUUAUUUGUUAGAAAUUUGGUGUUGUAUCUAAUCUAAACGCCAAACUGGUAUACAAGACUUUCUUCUUCUUCUUCUUCUCUCUUUCCUCUCAUGUUUUCGGAAACUCAGAAAUGUCGAUCUUAAGCAACAAUAGCAGCAGCAACGAUGGAGCACCUUCAUUUCAUGAGUUCAAGAAACAAGCUUCUUUCUUCUUCAAGGAGAAGAUCAAGACUGCAAGACUAGUCCUCACAGAUGUUACACCAGCGCAAUUAUUGACUGAAGAAGCUACAGAUGGGAAUCCAUUGUCACCAGACACAAGGACCUUGGGUUCAAUUUCAAAGGCUGCUUUUGAACUGGAUGAUUACACAAGAAUUGUGGAGAUUUUGCACAAAAGAUUAGAGAAGUUUGAGAGAAAGAACUGGAGGGUAUCCUACAAUUCUCUGAUUGUAGUUGAGCAUUUACUUACUCAUGGACCGGAAAGUGUUGCAGUUGAGUUUGAGAUUGACAAAGAUGUUAUUGAAGAGAUGGGAAGCUUUCAGCAUAUAGAUGAGAAAGGAUUCAAUUGGGGCCUUGCUCUUAGAAAGAAGUCGGGGAGAAUUUUGAAACUGCUAGAGAAAGGGCCUCUUCUCAAAGAGGAGAGAGACAGAGCUAGGAAGCUAACAAGAGGGAUCCAAGGGUUUGGAAGCUUCUGCCAAAGAUCAUCUGGUUCUUCAGCACAAGGGAUUCUUGGAGUUCAAACGUAUGGAAGGUCUAAUUCUCAAUUUCUCUCCAGUGACGAUGAAAACCAAGAGAAUCAGUUUCCAUCAUCUGACGUCGAAGAUUUUACUAAGAAAGUUGAAGAAUCAAAGCAGAGCAACGGAAGCAUUGCGAUCAUUGAGGCCGUCAAGGACGAAGCAGAGAAACCCGAAACUUCAAGUUUUAAAGAAAGCUUGGUUCCAGAGAAGGAAGAGUUAGAGAGUUGGAACUGCAAGGGAGAGUCUAACCCACUUUUGGGUGGUGAGAAAGAUGUGUCUAGGUUUGAAGUUUCUGCUGAGAAUGAACACCCCUUCAAUGAAACACACAAUCCAAGUGCUGCUUCAUUGCUUGCUGCAAGUUAAUGCACUCGUAUAAAAAAGACCGUUUGUCAACUGAUGUUCCUAUUACGCUCCUAAUCUCUGAAGGACGAGAACCAAUUGUAAUAUCUACAUCGAGAAUUCAAGUAUUGUAUGCACUAUUAGUCUAAUUGUUUAGUGUGCAACUCGAAGAGUAUGUUACUUACAAAUAGCGUUUAUAGUACGCAACCUGAACGCGCAUAUUUUUUUACACCAGUGAGCGGUUGAGAUUAUGACUAAAUAUACUCCAUCUUGAUGUU